AUGGCAAGUGCCAAGAUUGUGUCGUUAACAAUACGUACUCUGGCCAAGCCCAUCGCAACGCAAAUCAAAAAUCAGGCUGCACAUCAUGAGAGCUUCCGUAAGGUUUGUAUUUCGCUUGCCCAAAGCAUGCAUCGCACAGAAUCUCGACUUCGGCAGAACCUACUUCCUGGCUCUGAAAAGUACAAGAUUCGCCCGUUGAAUGAUGCCAAGGCUAUUUCGAAUGGUGCGAAUGCUAUCUCAGAAGGCUUUCUCUUCGCCGUAGCUGCCCUCAUUAUUAUUGGAGAAACAUAUCGCGGUAGCCGAAGCCGUGCAAACGAACGGGAUAAUUUAAGGGAUGAAAUCAGUCAACUUUCUGAACAGUUGGAUGUGUUGAACAAGAAACUUCAAGGUGACGGCGUGACAGAUGGAAAUUCACUGACUGCGAGUCAGUCGCCUUCCCUACCUGAAUCGACUGUCCUGAAUUCUACACCCUAUCCACAACUGGUGCACUCAGUCCAAAUACUAUGGGCGUUGGCCGAUAAAAAUGGCUGGCUCCGCGAUGUGGAAAAACUUCCAGGAGAGCUCAAAUGGCUUCUUGAGAGCAAAGAGUCCGCGGCUUCAGAUACAGACUCUCAAGAGAAGCUGUCUGUAGCUGCCCAGUCGCCCUCAGACUAUGCUACUUCCCGUGUCAAAGUGUUUUCAGAUGACGUGAAGAAUACAAUCUCGCCAAAAGGCUCGAGACAAGACAAUGAAGUCUCUGAAAUAUCCACCGUGCCUACAUAG